UUGAUUAAUCUCCCUUCAAUGUUUAUUUUCUUGGAUCCUAUUGUCGUUCAACCGUCAAUUUCUUGGCAAUUGGCAUAAACCCAAUCACCGCCGCUUGGAGCCGUCCAUCAAAUCCAGAACUCGACAGAAAUAUUUCUCUCUCUCGACCUGUCCGAGUAACCGGGUAAGGCUAAUGACGCCGUCACGAAUUGUUUCCCGCCAAUCUUACGUUUUGGCGCGCUUUCUCAGAUACAAAGCUGAAAAUUAAGUAUGAGAUUAUCUAAUUGAGCAACGAAGUUCACCUCUCGAGACUCUUUACUCUUUAGAAGAGAGAAAAAAGAGGAGAAAUCAAGAAUGGAGAUUGUCGGAUAUCGAUGGAAAGCUCCUUCGAACGACGUAGUUUCAACUCUCCCUCUCUACCGUUCCGCUCCUCCUCUCGAAGUUAGGCUUGAAGAUUUUGAGCUCUUCGCCAUGGAUCGUCUCCGGGUUCUUAAAGGGAUUUCUGAUGGUCUCUCCAGAGGAAAGAAACCUGAAGAAAUGGAGAAAUUGGUUACUGACCUUUGGAGAACAAAUAUGAGGCAUCCGCUGGCAUCUGAGGUUGUCAACAAGGAUAUAAUAUCACAUUUUGUUCUCCGUCUUGUGUAUUGUAGAACGGAGGAGCUUAGGAAAUGGUUUCUUUCAAUGGAGACUUCGCUCUUCCGCAAUCGUUUUAAGCUGGAAAGCUCUGAUGCUCAGAGGGCUCUAAUGGCAGAGUUUGACCUUCCGUACAAGACAGUUAGCACUUCAGAAUAUGAGAGCAUAAAGGACAAGUUGGGCCAGGUUGCACGUUCCAUUUGUCCGUCUUUGCCAACAGCUGAUGCCAUAUUCUACAAGGUACCAUUUGAUGAAGUCCCAGAGCUAGUUGCUGGUCGUAGAGUUUUUAUCCAGAAGGGGUAUGCUUAUGUUGCUAUGAAUCAGGUGGUUUCCCUUGUUGUCACUCAAUUUCGUAGUCUUCUGUCAAAGGCACUCGUUCUGACUAACAGAAAAUGGACAUCUACUAUAAGAGAAGAAGAGAAGGACCGGUUGGCUCCUAUCGUGGAAGUGCUAUGCAUGAGCUAUCUGGGUCCUGACUAUUCUCAGCCAAAAGAAUUUGCGGAGAUAUCAAUUAAGGACAUUGACCGAGUAGCUAAAAGUUCAUUUCCUCUCUGCAUGCGCCACCUAUUUGAAAAGCUGAGAGAUGAUCACCAUUUGAAGCAUGGGGGGAGGAUGCAAUUAGGUCUCUUUCUCAAGGGUGUUGGGUUGAAACUGGAUGAUGCCCUUGAAUUUUGGAGAGCAGAGUUCUCCCAAAAGGUUGGGGCAGAGAGGUUCGACAAGGAAUAUGCAUACAACAUACGACAUAAUUAUGGAAGAGAAGGAAAGAGAAUAGAUUAUACACCAUACUCAUGUCAAAAGGUAAUUGCAUUGACUCCUGGUGUCGGAGAUCAUCAUGGCUGUCCAUAUCGUCAUUUCAGUGAGGAAAACUUAAGGGCUGCACUUGGCAAAAUGGGACUAGCUAGUCGUGCAGUUGAGGAUGUAAUGGAUAAAGUCCGAAACAGACAUUAUCAGUUGGCUUGCACCUUAACAUUUGAAGCUGUUCAUGGAGCAUCAUGUGAUACUGGAAUUAACCAUCCAAAUCAGUACUUCAGUGAUAGCCAACAGAUACUGCAAUCAAAGAACAAUCCUUCAAAGUAAGAGCUUUUGGGCAUCGAGUAAUAAAAUAUUGUGGCCCCUUCCAGGUCCUGCUUUAUGACUUGUGGGAAGAGUGAAGAAUGGUUGCAAUCAAAACACAGCAACUUUGUUAAGACGUGGUGUUUAAAUUGAACUCCCUCAAGUAGAAAGUACGGGACCAUCGUCACCUUUGGCCUUGUUUAUUUUAUUGAUUGUGGUGGUCCAAUCUACGUGGAAGGUGCACAAAUCUACUCUAGCAAAGGGGUGUGCCCUGUGCUAGGGAAAAAGGAGUUAAAAAAAAACACCAAUUUAUUACAUAUUGUGGGGUCUGUUAAACAGGGUUUUGCCCAUUUCAUGUUUCUAUUUUAAAUGUCCGUUUUGGGUUAUUUGAUUCUCGUGUGCAUAUUGGAUUCGUAUGGCUUUGUUUUUCUUUGGAUCUUCACUCAUUUAAUGAUAAUUUAUUUCAUAUAGUGAGGUCUGUUAAACAGGGUUUUGCCCAUUUCAUGUUUCUAUUUUAAAUGUCCGUUUUGGGUUAUUUGAUUCUCGUGUGCAU